AUGGACCCUCUACAGAAAGUAUCUCCUUUCAGGCUUCCUUAUCUCCUUCGUCGUGAGAAGAAUCCCAAACUCGCUCUGCAACUCUUCCGAAACCCUAACUCAAACAACCCUCUGAAGCUCUUCCGUUACAGCCUCCCCUCUUAUGAUAUCAUCAUCACGAAGCUCGGACGCGCCAAAAUGUUCAAUGAGAURGAGCAAAUCCUCGCUCAGAUGAGCCAGGAGACUCGAUUCAUCCCCAAAGAGAUAAUUUUCUGCAAUAUCAUCUCCUUCUACGGCCGCUCUCGCUUGUCCGAACAAGCGCUUCGAACUUACAAUGGAAUUCCCGCUUUUCGUUGCCAAAGAACGGUAAAAUCCUUCAAUUCUCUCCUCAAUGCCCUGUUGAAUUGCAGAGAACUAGAAAAAAUUCGAGAAAUUUAUAAAGAUAUUGAUCGAUACGCGUCUCCCGAUGCUUGUACUUAUAAUAUCCUGAUAAAUGCUUGCCGUUUGAGUAACUCGUUGGAUGAUGCUUGGAAGUUGUUUGAUGAAAUGCGAAGGAAGGACAUUAAACCGAAUGCAAUUACUUUUGGGACACUGAUUUCUGUCCUCUGUGCCAAUUCGAAGUUGGAUGAUGCUUUUAGAUUGAAAGAGGAUAUGCUGAGGAUCUUUGGUUUGAAACCUAAUGCUUUUGUUUAUGCUUCGUUGAUCAAAGGCCUUUGUAAGGCCAAUGAGUUGGAUUUGGCCUUUAACCUAAAAGAUGAGAUAUUGUUGGAGAAGACUGUAGAGUUGGAUUCAGCAAUUUAUACUACUUUGAUAAGUGAACUCUUUAGGGCUGGUCGGAAAGGAGAGGUUUCUGGGAUUUUAGAGGAGAUGACCAGAAUUGGCUGCAAACCUGAUACAAUUACUUACAAUGCUAUGAUCUCUGGAUUUUGUAAUGAGAAGGAUUUUGAUUCAGCCUUUGCUCUCCUAAAUGAAAUGACAGAGAAAGGAUGUAAACCGGAUGUUAUUAGCUAUAAUGUAAUCAUUGCUGGAUUUUGCAUGGAUGGCAGAUUAAAAGAAGCAAUUGAGUUGUUUGAAGAUAUGCCAAGACGGAAAUGUGCUCCUGAUGUUGUGUCUUACAGGAUACUUUUUGAUGGUCUUUGUGACGGGAUGGAGUUAAAAGAAGCAGCAUUGAUUUUGGAUGAGAUGGUUUUCAAAGGGCUUAUACCUCGAGCUUCAAGUGCAAAUAAGUUUGUGGGCAUGCUUUGUCAAGAAGAUAAGAUGGAUCUGCUAACUUCAGUCUUGAAUACACUGGCAAAGGGAAAUGCUGUUGACAUGGAUACAUGGAAGGUGGUGAUUUCAGUGGUGAUCCAGAAGUCUGAGCUGUUGGAUCUUUCCAAACUUGUUGAUACCUUGGUUUUGUCAUGA